AUGCGCGGCGCCACUGUUCUGAAGGCUUCCGACGACAAGACCAGACAACUCAACAAGAACACCCUGAUGGCCUAUUCUGGAGAGGCAGGAGAUACCGUCCAGUUCGCCGAGUACAUCCAAGCGAAUGCCCAGCUCUACUCGAUGCGCAAUGAGACCGACCUGUCCCCCAGUGCCCUGGCGAACUACGUCCGCGGCGAACUGGCCACCAGCCUGCGGUCGAGAAAGCCCUACAACGUCAACCUGCUGUUGGGCGGUGUUGACCCCAUCACACACAAGCCCAGCCUGUUCUGGCUCGACUACCUAGCAUCGCUGGCGCCCGUCCCCUACGCUGCCCACGGCUACGCACAGUACUACUGCCUGUCUAUUCUCGAUAAGCACCACAGCCCCGGCAUCAGCCUGGGCGAGGGCAUCAAGCUGCUGGAGAUGUGCACGGACGAGUUGAAGAGGAGAAUGCCCAUCGACUUCAAGGGCAUGACAGUCAAGGCCGUCACCAAGAACGGCAUCGUGGAUAUCGAGUUCAACGACGACAAGAUAGUCAAGUGCGCAUGA